AGCAGCAGAUGAGAAACACAAAGAAGGUGGCGCUUUCAAUGGUGAAGUCCAAACCUGCUCUUCUAAACAGGAAAUGGACCAUUUUAGACAGACGUUCGGCUGGUGGUGUUUUGUUCUUGCAUUUCCUCUGUCUCUUGGCUCCAUUUCACUGCAACUGGCCAGCCUUUUGGGUUGCCUUUGCACUCUAUUUCAUUACAGGGCUUUUCGGAGUAACGCUAUCGUACCAUAGAAAUCUUGCACACAAAAGUUUCAAGCUUCCCAAAUGGCUCGAGUACUUGUUUGCAUAUCUUGGAGUUCAGGCCUUCCAGGGUGAUCCAAUUGAUUGGGUUAGUACACAUAGAUAUCAUCAUCAAUUCGUUGAUACAGACAGAGAUCCACAUAGUCCUUUAGAUGGGUUUUGGUUUAGUCAUUUAGCUUGGAUGUUCGACGCGUAUACUUUGACAAAAAAAGUUUACCCAAAAAACGUUCAAGAUUUCGAGGAAAGAAGUACCAAACGAAAGCGUUUUAGAAAUGUUUUAGUGGGAUAUGUGAAGUAUGGAAGACCAAACAAUGUGGAGGAUUUACAAAAGCAAGGCUUUUAUAGGUUUCUUCGAAAGACAUACAUUCUCCAUCCCACAGCUCCUGCAAUUGUCCUCUAUGCAACUGGAGGCCUUCCCUUUGUUGUUUGGGGAAUGGGAGUGAGGCUUGUUUGGGUGCUGCACAUUACUUUCUUCGUAAAUUCUGCCUGCCACAUAUGGGGCUACCGACUGUGGGACACAAAUGAUUUGUCGAAGAACAAUUGGGUGAUAGGGUUGCUUGCCUUUGGGGAGGGUUGGCACAACAACCACCAUGCUUUUGAAUAUUCAGCUCGACAUGGCUAUGAAUGGUGGGAGUUUGACUUGACAUGGUGCGUUAUUUUGUUCCUUCAAGCCCUUGGAUUGGCAACUGAUGUGAAGUUACCCUCCGCACGCCAUCAGCAAAAAUUAGCCCUAAACCCUAAAACAAGCUGAUGAUUUCUAGACACUUGUUUCAUGCUAGGCAUUAUUCCUCCAAUGAUUGUAGUAUCAAGUAUUUUUUGUGAGGCCUGCACGAUGGGUUAUUAACUCAACGGCAGAGCGCGCCUCUAAUAAUUUCAUUGAUGAUUUCUU